GCACCGCUGGUAGCACUGAAUGGUUGAGAAAGCUCUUUAUUAUGUGCAAAAUUACCUUCAAAUGUAAUUGCGACAGAGCCAAUACUUGCUUAAACAUGCUAAAAUACUUUUCAAUAUCAUGUGAACAUUCUGUCAUCAUGUUUGUGUUUACCAUCGAAUAAUACCAAAGCUGCGCUUGGUAUGCUGUUUUGUUACUGAGAAAAGCAAAAACUAGCUUUGCUUUUCUUAUAUACCAUUUUUAUUGCCAUUGUUUUGUUAUACACAUCAGUAUUAUAUACAGAUUUGGUAUGUGACUGUUUGUGAAAAGCGUCGUGCAUAAAAAUGGCGGACAAGCAAGACGGCGAUCUUUGUACACUCUGCCUGCAGAUCAAAGCGGAAGUAAGUUGCGAGGAAUGUAGGAUCGAUAGAUGCCAGUCGUGUGAUAAGUUGUACCACAAAGCAGCGGAGCGAAGUAAACACAAGCGAAACCUGCUGAAAACAACGCAACCAGUGCCCUGCCAGAAUGAUGCAAGAUGUACAGAUAGUAACGCGAGUUUUGUGCACCCUGUCUCAGCUGCUGCUACAAAUAAAUAUCAGUGGCAAAAAGCACAAAGCGAAAAUGCGCGUGAAUUUUCGAUGAGUUCAGUAUCGCAACUGCCAGUCAAUCCAAAUAACUUUGCUGUGAGUAGAGCUGCAGUAAAUGUUCCUUCAUUUCAACCGAGAGCUGGGGUCCCCAUUACUGGUAAUAUUGGAUGGAACAAAGCUAGAACUAAUCCACCGUUUGGUGCAAACAUGCCAGCAUCUUCUGUCGAUACUUUUCAAACACUCGCAUAUACCGCGACCCACGUUGGCCCGAGAGUUCCAGGAGCAAGCUCGAUGUCGCCAAAUUAUAGUAAUGCAGCGAUUCCAAACAGGUUUCCAAAUCCACAGAUGAUUGGAAGUCAAGGAUUGCCACAGUUUCCAUUUAGUGGUGUCAAUUUGGGCGGAUACCACAGCAACCUUGUCAAUUCAAAUACCUCUGGAGCUACGCAAGAUUUUACGUUUAUGUUUCAACAAGCGGGCGGUGGAGAUCGUAGAAAUACUGUAAGCUCAGAUGCAACUUUGGUGAAUCCGAGUUGGCUAGAAGAUCUGGAAAAGUCGAUCGAUAUGGGAGCGCCGAAGCCGUUAGAUAUAAAUGCGUUAACGAACUCGAUGCAUCAACAGAAUAUGAUGGGAAGUAGCUGUUAUGAAAUGCCAUCUUUUGAGUCUUCUCAUGUACCCAUUCCUUCAGUAAGCACGGGUUUUGACAGACAGAGUAAGCGAUGUCAAUCUAUGAUGGUACCAAAUGUUCCUCGCGACAAUUCGUUGACGCCAGCCGUGCCCAAAAUAAAUUUUUGUCCGAGCUGUGGUUCAAGAUUUGCUGGUGGGAAAUUUUGCAGCAACUGUGGUUUUCAAGUUGUGGGACAAAGCUUGGCGCCGCCUGUAAUGCAGCAAGCCGGCUCAUUGAAUUCUUCGGAAUCAUUUUUCACUCCUCCGGCGUCUCCGGAUUCUUUUUUAAAAUCGGAACUAACUACACGAUCGCCCAAACAUUCGCCAAGGAAGAAAGAGAACAGCGCUCCUCCAGAUGAAGAUAAGUUAAGCAAAGAACCGGAAGUGCCGAAAGUUGACACAAAAGAAGCGGCUAAAACGACAGAGAAACCAAAAAAUGACGAGCCCGUUAUUAUUACACGCAGAGGCGCAUUUGAAGACGACGACAGCACUCUUAUUGAUGGAAUGGAAACAGUUUCGUUUCUGAAAGACCAGAUAGCUCAGGGCUCGAGUCUGGAUGAUCUUGAGGUCAUGUUGGCAUCUUCAAAUCCAACAAUCCAAGGAGUAGAUAUAUGCACAAGCGCAGUGGAAGACACCAUGAACGCAGUUAAUGAUAUAGUUGCCUCGAAACUCAAUCAAGAAUUGAAGAAAGUUUUGUGUCUUUCAGUUGCAGAGCGGAGAUUCGCAUUGGAAUUGUGCGAGUUUGACAGCAUUAAAGCUGCAGAGUUUUCUUUGAAUUCUAGAAAGUGUUUAGGCCAACAGCUUAUAGGAGUAGGAGCUGAGAAUAAGAAGUACGUUUUGUUUCAUGAGAAAAUGCAGCAGAAUGGGGGCAAUUAUCGGUCUGCUUACGCAGAGAUGCAAGGCCACAUAUUUGCGAAUCUUCUGCAGUCGAGGAUUUGGAACAGCGACGAAGGUUCGAACAUUUUGGAACGACAAGAUUCCGCUAAAUCGGAGUCUUUCUCAGCUGAAGCGAUGACAUACACGGAUACGCUUGUUGAAGACGCGGUGAGAAACUCGAAUAUUCCUCCUGUCUCAGGAAUAUUGGCAAAAGCAGUUUUUCUUCGCAAAAUAAUGGCUGAGAAGCAAUUGCCGUUUUCACGCGCGCAGCUUCUGUUUUCAAUGUUGAAAAAUAAACCUGACUUGGAAUACUCGUCGGCUUUGUGGAUCGCCAAAAACAUUUCGCAGGAAAGUCUUAAAGUGCCCAAAAGUUAUGAGCGAUACAUUGUGGAAUGCAGUGUUCAGUACGAGGAACUGGCUCAUUGCUUCAUAAUUAAACUUCCCAGUUGUAAAAAUGAAUGCAAGGUCUGUCAUAACUGCAUGCGCAAACAUUUACAAACGCAGCUUUAUGAAUCAGGUAAAAGCGUGCGCAAUAUUGAGUGCCCGGGUUGUGGCUCGAAGAUUAUUUCCAACAACGAAAAUGACACUUAUCUCCAGCAACAAUUGAAAAAUUUUCUACCACAAGAAAUGUUCAAAUUGUUCGAUACCCGGUUUUUGGAAAAUAUCCUAGAAGAAGACAAUUACUUUAAAUGGUGUUCAGAGGCAACAUGUGCUCAGGGUAUUCUAUGGGAGAACCCUAGGGUUCUGAAAAUGACAUGUUAUGAAGGCCACUCAACUUGUUUCGAAUGUGGUCGAAAAUGGGUCGACCAACAUGACGGCCUAACUUGCGAACAGUUUUCUCAAUGGGAAAUGGAAAAUGAUCCUGAAUAUCAAAGCAAGCGCCUCGACGGAUUCUUGCGGGCCAUAGAUGCCAUGAAGUGUCCACAGUGUAAGUUCAGGUACGAGUUGGUCCGAGGAGGUUGUCUGCAUUUCACAUGCAGCAAGUGUCAGACUGAGUUCUGCGGGUUCUGCUAUGCUCUCUACUCCAAGGAGUGUAGGAGGUUCUCCAAGUGUGCCAAACUAGGACUGCAUCAGCAUUGUCCAAGAUAUUGCUACAGUUAUCUGCGUGACAAAGAUAUCUCGACUCUACAAGAGCUUCUGACAGAUGCUGGCGUUGAUUACAGUCAACAGCUGCCGAAUUCAGCCGCCGAGGCUACUGGCAACAAUACAUGCCCAAUCAUUGAAACGAGUAACAGCGGCAGCGAAAAAGCAUGCGGGCAGCCAGCUAAACCACAGCAGGGUGGCGUGUGUGACAAACACUAUAACGAGUAUCUGUCUACUUUGAUAAAGAAAAACAAAAUUGACCCGGUUGUGAAAUUUUCGGUCGAUGAGUGUUUGGCGGAACUACACAGAAGAGAUGUGGCUUUCGACGAAAAUUCUGAAUUGGAAGUGUUGAAAAAUUUGGUGAUUACGAAAAUACCCCUGGAGUAUUUCUGAUCAACCUGAAGGUGUUUGAAAGACUUUUCUGCUCACAUUGUUGAAUUUUGAACUCUGAAAUUUUCUGAAAUUCUAUGAAACUGUGCUUUCAGUUCAGCUAGUCUGAAGUUUUUAUAUAACUCAAUUAUUAUUUCCUUCGAUGUUUAAUUAUAUCGGUAAAUUUUGCGUACUAUCUGAUUGAAAACAUAAUCUGAAAAAUGUGUGCUAUUGUUUCGCCUUGGAAUUUUUGGGAGAAGCGUUUUCAGUUCCAUGAUGUAUAUUGAGCCAAUCGAACUCUAUCCUCUGACGAAAUUUAGUUAGAUUUUAUAAUUAUUCCUCCAAUUAAUGAAAUUGACGCUUAUAUUUUUG